CAGCAAGUUGGUUUCUGUCAGCUUGGUCCUGUGCAGGAAACGAACCGAGUCUGACCAUUGGCCUUUCAGCACAAUGGGUAAUAUGAGAGCUAAAAAUCCACAGGGUGCAAUUCAGAUGUUUUACAAGAGAUUUUACUGUGGCCUCAGUGAACGCAUUGUUGAUGUUCCAGUAGAUGCCCGGAUAGUUAAAACGGGGUUCGACCCUGAAAUCUCUCGCUUUAACUUCCAACUAAAGGAUUUAGUCAGAACAAAUCAAAUAGCAAGCGCACGCAAACUGUUUGAUGAAAUGCCUUACAAAAACACUUGCUCUGUAAACAUGAUGGUUUCGGGUUAUGUGAAGUCCCGUAAUCUUUUUCAUGCGAGGGAGUUGUUUGAUAGCAUGGUCUCUCGUAAUGAGGUUUCAUGGACUACGAUGAUUGGUGGUUACUCUCAGAACAAUCGGCCGAAAGAAGCUAUCAAUCUUUACAAUGAGAUGUGUAGGUCGGGGGUGAAGCCGGAUCAUAUCACCUUUGCAACUCUCUUAUCGGGUUUUGAUGAUACAACGACGUUGAAAGAAGUACAUCAGAUUCAUUCCCAUGUCAUUAGAUUUGGAUUAAGUUCAAGUCUUAUUGUUUGCAACAGUUUGGUAGAUUCGUACUGCAAAACUUGCUGCCUCGAUACAGCGUCUCAACUCUUCAGUGAAAUGCCAACUAAAGAUUCAGUAAGCUUCAAUGUUAUGAUAACGGGGCAUACAAAAUAUGGUUUCCGUGAAGAAGCAGUGAAGCUUUUUAUGCAAAUGCGGAAUGUGGAUUUUCAGCCUUCGGAUUUUACUUUUGCAGCAGUUCUUGGUCUGAGUGUUGGAUCAGAUGAUGUUAUUUUUGGCCGACAAAUUCAUGGACUUGCCAUCAAGACCAGCUAU